AUGUUGAGUACUCGAGCUGGAGGUUUGGGUUUAAAUUUACAGUCUGCCGAUACUGUUAUUUUGUUCGAUUCUGAUUGGAAUCCGCAUCAGGAUAUGCAGGCACAGGAUAGAGCUCACCGUAUUGGUCAAACUCGCGAGGUUAAUAUUUAUAAUUUUUAUUGGUGCUGGUCUGGGUGCGUGUUCUUCGUUUGA